UAACAUGCAUUUUUGAAAGAAAAAUAGAAGAAGCCAAAGUACUAUCAGUAGUGUAUCCAAAGGCCACCAUUAAACAUGACAAGGUUUUUACAGAGAUUCAUCAAUAAUGCUAAUAUCCAAACCCAUUUCAAAUUCGGGCCAUUCAACUGCACAACACAACACAGAUGGAAGAAGAGACCAUCUACCACAGCCCAAACCCGAUUAGAAACCCGAACACGCGACUUAAAGCUCGAUACUUUAAUGACCAAAAUCCACAAAUUAACCAUAAUCUUGAACUUAUAUGAACUUAUGUCCACUAGACGUAGAGGCCCUUUUGUUUCGGUUCAAAUCAUGUCUCGCUGGAAGAAUAUCGUUGGUUUAAAUGUACCCAUUGGCAGGUUUAUAAGAAAAUAUCCCCAUGUGUUUGACGUAAUGCCUCACCCAGUUAAAAAAAAUAUAUGUUGUAAGAUAAGUAGUAAAAUGAAAGAUUUGGUUAAAGAGGAGUACAAUUUGGUUAAAAGUUUGGAACUUGAGAAUGUUGAAAGGGUUAAAAGGCUGUUGAUGAUGAGUACUGAUGGUAGUUUGCAUAUACAUGCUUUGAGGUUGAUUAAACGGGAAUUGGGUUUGCCCGACGAUUUUAAAGACUCGAUUUUGCAGAAGUAUGACGGGUUUUUUGAGUUGGAUGGUUUGGAGAUAGUGAAAUUGGUUGAAAAAGAGGAGGAUAUGAAAGUGGCUGAAGUUGAAAAGUGGAGGGAAAGAGAGUACAAAGAGAAAUGGUUGAGUGAGUUCGAGACGAAAUAUGCUUUUCCUGUUAGUUUUCCGACUGGGUUUGUGAUUAAGGCGGGGUUUAAAGGGAAACUGAAAGAUUGGCAAAGAAUGCCUUAUGUUAAACCUUAUGAGAAAUUAGAGAGUUUUCGGGCUAAAACAAGUGGAGGGAUCGAACGAUUUGAGAAACGGGCUGUUGGGAUUCUUCAUGAGCUUUUGAGUUUAACGGUUGAAAAGAUGGUUGAGGUUGAACGAUUAGUACAUUUUAAGAAAGAUUUUGGUCUACCGGUUAACUUUCGUGAGCUUAUUCUGAAGCAUCCUGGAAUCUUUUACAUAUCUACACGAGGUUGUAUUCAAGUGGUUAUUCUCAGGGAAGCGUACUGUAAAGAUUGUCUUGUUUUGGCUAAUCCUGUUUAUGUCAUUAGGAGAAAAAUGUUGGAUCUUGUAUUGUUAGGAUCUCGUAAUACUAGAGAAUUGAGAAGUUUAAGAGAAGGGAAGGAGAGCGUUGGUGAUCAAAAUCGAGGCGGGAUUAUUGAGGAUGAUUUUGUAGUUUCGAUUUUAGAAAAGUUUGAUAAUGAUGAUGACGACUACAAUGGGAACAAUGAGAUUAUUGAGGACAUUAGGGAUGGUGAUAAUGUUUAGACAUAUCUUGAUGUUGAUGGUUGCAAAGAGUGAGUAUCUAACAUUCUCUGGACAAUAAUUUUUGCCAAAAUGGUAUCUGCUACAUGAUGACUGAAUUCAUCAGCUGGGAUGGGAUGAAAUCUCUCAUUCUCCUAGGAACUUCAAAACUCAGUAUAGAAGCACAUGGGCUCAACAUUGAACUAUCAACUAGAAGUUAAAUGAGACGAUAAAACACUACGGAUGAUGCUUUAUCUUCCUAUUGUACACCAUACAGGAAUACAAACCAUUUCUGGAAACUUUAUAACUAUAAGGUGUUAACUUGAUUCAAAUGCUACAUGGAACAAUUUCUCUUAGUUCAGGCUAAUGGUCAUGAACUCCACUUCUCUAUGGUUGAUGGAGAUUUUAAGAAAUUCAAAGGAAAAUGGUCUGUCAAAUCCGAUAGAAGGUAGAAGCUUAAUAUCUUUCUACUUUCAGCAAACACUGUAAACUGUCAGCGUACCAUCUACUAUCUACAU